AUGCUGCCCGCUCCAGUGCUGUUCAAAAAAAUUCCUGCAUUGUCGGCAUUGGACCUUCAACCACUCUUCCCAAAACUCACAUUCCUGCUUGUAAAGAGGAACGCAUUCAAUGUCAAGGCAAUUCCUGCGAAAUCCCCACAAGGCUCGGGAGGGUAUACAGCAACAGUGAUCACUGGCAAAAAAGCCAUUUCAAAGCUUGCUGUGAUAAGAUGCAGAGCGGCCCGGCGAUUAAAAGCAGCGAUCGCCGACAGGUUUCCCCACCAGGCACAAAAAGACUACCACUACAUCUUUUAUGCGUUUUCGCCGGUCGUCACUAUGCCCUGGUCUGCUCUCAAAACCGAACUCUCGGGCGCCCUGGACGAGAUGCAAAAGAAAACGAAAAAGUCAGCGUCCCGUCCCGUGACGCGUAAGCAGCGAAUAAAGAAGGAUGUCACUACCACGACCGCACAAAAGUCGUCAUAG